GUUCUGAAGGGGUGGAGCCUAGAACUCGGAAGCCUGGGAGCGAGGAAGAAGACACCCGAGUAUUUCAAAGGGAGGUCCAGGUUCGUAAGGGGCCGGCCUAAAGCUUUCUGACAGGAGGGCGUGGCCUCGAGCCCGGGGGCGGGGCCUAGAUCUCGGGGUCCGCCCUCGCUGCCUCGCCCACUUGCCUUCACCCGCACCCCCGUUCUUUUCGGUUAUUUUCUGCUACGGCCGUUCCCCGACCUGCCCUGGGCCCACGGGGCCGCGGUGUGAACUUUGGUGGGCAGGAGAAAUCGUCGACCUCCGUCAGAAAUGGGGAACGUGCAGUCGGAGCCGUCCGCGGGCGGGGGAUCCCGAAAAGAGCAGGCCUCAGACCGCUCCUCCGACUCCCGCCGGACGCCCUUGGCGGAGCCCGAGGUGACCCCCUCCUCCCCUGCCAUACGCCUCGCUCGCGGGCUGGGCGUCUGGUUCCCCAGCAGCUCAGCGGCCCCGGGACUCCUGGUACCCCCAGAGCCCCAGGCCUCACCCUCGCCCCUGCCCCUGACCUUAGAACUGCCCUCGCCAGUGACGCCCCCUUCAGAGGAGGCGGCUGCGGCCGCCGUCUCCACACCACCCCCGCCCCCCGUGGGGACCCUGUUGCCCGCGCCGUCUAAGUGGCGAAAACCCACGGGCACUCCGGUGCCCCGGAUCCGAGGUCUGCUGGAGGCAAGCCAUCGCGGCCAGGGCGACCCUCCGAGCCUCCGCCCGCUGCCGCCGCCGCCGCCGCCGCCCUUGCCCCGAACCGAAGAGGACCCCGACCCUGUCCCGAGGGCCCCAUCCCCGACUCCACCACCCUUGGAGCCGCGAAAGCCGCCACCCCCGCUGCCUUCCGACCGGCAGACCCCCGACCGCAGAAUAAGUCCUGCUCUGGCCACACCCGUCGCAACCCCGAAAGAAAGCCUGGUCGGGCGCAGCAGCGAGUGCCCGACAGCCGGUGGGGCCUGCGGAGGAGCGCCUCCCCAGGCAGGCGAGGGCGAAAUGGCCCGGCCUGCGGCCUCCGAGUCUGGCCUUAGUCUGCUGUGUAAAGUCACCUUCAAGUCGGGGCCCCCUCUGCCCCCUGCGGCAGCGUCGAGUUCCUUAGUCGCCAAAGUCUCUCUUGGGGGCAGCGGAGGCAGGGGACUCUUCUCCACUGCCUCGGGCGCCAUCUCUUACGCCGAGGUCCUGAAGCAAGGGCCCCUGGCUCCUGGGGCCGCUCGCUCCACGGGAGAGGUCCCUCGGGGGACCCAGGAAGCAGAGGGCGGUAACGGAGAUGGCGAGGGGUGUUCUGGACCUCCCUUGGCGCCUGCGUCCCACGCCCGGGCCCUUCCGCCGCCACCCUACACCACCUUCCCAGGCUCGAAGCCCAAAUUUGACUGGGUGAGCCCUCCCGAUGGCCCUGAACGCCACUUCCGCUUCAAUGGAGCUGGCGGAGGCAUCGGGGCUCCCAGACGGCGCGCAGCCGCGCUCUCAGGUCCCUGGGGCUCCCCUCAGCCUCCGCCAGGGCAGAUGCACCCAGCUCCCGGGCCCCGGAGGCCCGCUCCCGCCCUGCUGGCGCCUCCUAUGUUCAUCUUCCCAGCACCCACCAAUGGAGAGCCUGUGCGCCCCGGGCCUCCCGGCCCACAGGAGUUGCCACCGCCUCCGCCACCGCCCAAACCACCACCCACCCCGCCUCCGGCGCCGCCGCCCAUACCGCAGCCACCAGUUCUCGAGCCAAUGCCACUGCUUGCAGCGCUCCCACCAACCCCAAGCUCAGGCCACUUAGAGUCCGCCCAGGCUCCCGCCCCGCCCCUCGCCUUGGCUGCCGACCAGGCCCCAGCCCCAUCCCCGGCUCCAGCUCCCACUAAGGCCGAACCAUCGCCACCUGCGCCCACGCCCAUCAAAGUCCGUACCCGCAGAAACAAGGGACCCCGCGCUGCCAGGGCCGCGACUCGUGAGAAUGGCGCGGCUGGAGAGGGUCCUCGCGAACGGACGGCUGCUACCAUGACUGACAGCGGUGGUGGAGGAGGUGGUGGUGGGGCUCCUCCAGUGGGGUCGGCUAACACUGGUGCCCGGCGCCACUGGCCGCCCUUCCAGGUGCUUAACUCUUGUCCCUGCAAGUGUUACUGCCGCCACCAGCCACGCCAUCGCCGCCUGCCACGCAACGUGUCUGCCUGGCUGAGCACACCCACCAACCACCUGAGUGAGCCAUCCUGGGUUGCCACCAUCAAGUUGGCCGGCUCCCUGGUAGCCGGACUGGAGCACUUCGACUUGCAGGCCACCCAUUCCAACUGAGUGUAGUCUGUUCAAUGGCUUCUACCUUCCCCUCGACAAUAAAAUAACCAACCAUCCAGAUGCCUA